CCGCCGCCGCCGCCUCCUCCUCUCCGUCCCCGCCGUAAAUGGGAGGUCUUCCCCGGGCGCAACCGCUUCUACUGCGGCGGCCGCCUCAUGCUGGCCCGGCACAGCGGCGUCUUCCUCCUCACGCUCGGCCUCAUCGUGGUGACCAGCGGCCUCUUCUUUGCCUUCGACUGUCCCUUCCUGGCUCGUAACCUCACCUUGGCCAUUCCUAUCAUUGCUGGCAUCCUGUUCUUUUUUGUCAUCAGCUCUUUGCUACAGACCAGCUUCAGAGACCCUGGUAUCUUGCCUAGAGCCACGGCCAGUGAAGCUGCAGAUUUGGAGAAAUGGAUUGACAACUUGGGCACCUCCACUUAUAGGCCACCUGCACGCACCAUGGAAGUUGUUAUAAACAAAUACAUGGUGAAGUUGAAAUAUUGCUAUACUUGCAAAAUGUUCCGCCCUCCUAGGACUUCCCACUGCAGUGUCUGUGACAACUGUGUAGAACGGUUUGAUCAUCACUGUCCUUGGGUUGGCAACUGUGUGGGGAAGCGGAACUAUCGAUUCUUCUAUGCCUUCAUCCUCUCUCUCUCUUUCCUGACAGCCUUCAUUUUUGCUUGUGUCAUCACCCAUCUUGCCCUGCGCUCCCAGGGAAAUGACUUCCUCACAGUUUUGAAAGCAACACCAGCAAGUGUGUUAGAAUUGGUGAUCUGCUUUUUCUCAGUCUGGUCUAUCUUUGGCCUCUCAGGGUUUCACACUUACUUAGUUGCCUCCAACUUGACCACCAAUGAGGAUCUCAAAGGGGCAUGGUCAAAUAAGAGGGGCUCUGAAUUUGCCAACCCUUACAGCCAUAAAAGUGUCCUCACCAACUGCUGUGCAGUGCUCUGUGGACCAUUCUAUCCCAGUUUAAUUGACAGAAGAGGAUUUAUCCAAGCAGAUGCCGGGACCCCAUCCACCCCUAAGAGUGAAAUCCCUUCCUUUGGAACAAAAUCAGAUGCCAGCAUGUGGGACUUCACCUGGACGUUGUAAACUUCUGCAGCGAAGCCUCUGUGACAUAGGGGAAGAGAGUCAAAAUUGCUUAGAGCCAAGAACGUCACAGCUUGGGAGGUGCCAGCUUCUUGGGAACAUUCUUGGAUGUCCUGUUACACGGAUAGUUUGAAACAGUGCAGUAACUUGCACAAAGAGCUGGUAUGGGGAAGGGGGUGGGGAGCAAUUAUACCAUCUCCAAAACUUCACUCCAGAUUGUUUUUAGACACAUUUAAACAAUACCCAUUGGUGUUAAGUGUGUCCUUCACGUUGCUCCAGGUGAACAGUGUACAGGGAUAAUUGGUGCUUGCCUAAGCCAUAAGGCAGAGGGAACCAUUUGAGGACACAGCACGCCUUCCCCUAGCAACGUGUUGCUUGCUGAGCGGGUUUGCCUGGGACAGCUCUCCUAAUCUUGGUGGGAGUGAGAGCAAUGCAUAGGACAUACAGUUCCCAGGAAGGAGCAUGAGCUGCUCUACAGAAUCAACAUAAGAAAGUGGUUUCUCAUUCUGGGAACAGACUCAGAGGUGUCCUCCUUUGCUUUCAGUUGAAUCAGGACAAUAGUCACAGGCUGAAUAUGGCCCAGCGAGGUUCUUUGCUUCAUAGAACCAGGCAAACCCACCUGAGAUUCUUAAAUGAUGGAAUACCAUCUCCUGGUGCACAAGAGUAGCAGAACUAUUUUUGUCAGGGUGGGAGAUCUACAUAAAGGAGACGUAUAAAGAACACAGAGGCCAGGUUCAAAGAGGAGUCUUCAAAGGAACUUUUUUGCCCAUUUGCAUUGUCAAAAACUGAAUGACAGUUCACUUGGAUCAAUGACUGCUCAUAUAGAGUGGAAGAGACGGUGGUUCUUCCUGUCCAACUGCCCUCUUACAGUGUGCCUCCCAUCCUGCUAUUUGAGCCCUUGUGUAAUAGGAAGGUUAAAUUCACAUUAAAUACUUGAAAUGUGUUUAUUAAAAGCUGCUGGAUAUUUUUGCACAAGUUUUGUAGAUUUUUCUAAGCAUUUUGUAAAAUAAUGUGCUACGUAAACCUGUUUUCACAGAUUCAUAAAACCAGGAUAAUUUUUUUAACAGUAUUGGAAUAUGUAUGUCAAAUAACUAGAUUCACAAAGAGCUGCCAACCAUUCCCUGGAGUUAGGAAAAGACAGGAAGUCUAUAGGACAUGUGAGGAAUGGAGUCUCUUUAUUCCUUUUAAUCUGAAGGAACUAGAGUUAAUGAGAAACAGAAGAGGAUUUUGAGUCUCAAAGGGACAAAUAAAGUACACGAAUGUGCCUUUCCCUACCUUGCUAUUUAAGAGAAUCAGGAAAGGAUGAACACUGCAUCUAUAUUUUUAAAAUUUGAAUCAGGAUAGAUCCUAUCUCAGGAAUGUGUCUUAAAAAGGAUGUAAACUAGGAAUCAGAUCUAGAACAAGUCUAGUCUUCCCUUCAACUUCUUCAUAUGUGCUCUUCAGGGCUGUGUGUGAGACACCCAUUAAUAAUUCUGGGUAGUGCCAUCCCUUUCAGCAAAAUAUUAUUGACACCUAUCAGUUGCCUCUGACCCGUCAGACUUCCUCAGCUGGCUGCACAUAGUAUCCUUGGUGGAGAGCUGUGAGGUUGCCACAGAGUCAACACUGUUAAAUUGGAUUGGUCUAGCUGCCUUCCCCACUGCUUCUGUGUACGUGCUGGGCUGGGGGGGGGGACGGAUUGCCAUUCUGAAUCUUGCACUC